UUUCUUCCUCAUUGCGCAAGCGCACAGUAGUCGGCGCAAAAAUUUAAACUGUAGGACCGGGAACAAGAGUGUGGAAAUUAAGCAAAGGUCAACAGUAAAGCCGAACCGAACUAAGAUCAAGCGACUUUUUGCGCAGCCUAAACAAUGAGUGCCGUCUCAACUCCUUGUUCACAAAUAUUAAGUGAAAUUUCUGGAAACAAGUUUGUGUCACCCUCCACCCUUCGAAGACCGAUCAGUCAGACCAGCACCCCUGUACUAUCAGACGUCCCAAGCAAUGAUGAUGAAUUGGAAAGAAAGCAGCGCCGGAAGUCAAGGGUUAUUGAUCUGCACUUGGGCACAGACAGCUCUGUACAAGAAUCUCCAGCACAGAGGAGUUUGUCUGGUACUCCAGCUGCUGUGCCAAAGCUGACAAAUUCACAGAUUUCUGAACAUUACUCCACUUGUAUCAAGCUUUCAACAGAGAAUAAAAUAACAACCAAGAAUGCAUUCAAUCUUCACUUGAUUGAUUAUAUGUCAGAUAUCCUGAAAGAAAAAGACUCUGCACUCACCAACUUCAAGGUUGCUGCUGGUACACUGGAUGCAAGUGCCAAAAUAUACUCUGUGAGAGUUGAUGCUGUUUAUGCAAAUACAUACAGAGUUCUGGGAGGACUAGGAAAAGACUCUAAAUCAGCUGAUGAUGAAGAGAAUGCAGUACUUGCGGAUGGACAGGAAGAUGGAGAAUUAGAGAAACGAAAAACGGUCACAAAAGCAAAGAAGGUUGUCCGGAAGAAGAUGAUUGAGCAAAACCUUUCGAAAAUUAACCGGGCAGAUUCUAAGGGAAAAUGUGAGGUUGACCCCGUAUUUCAGAAGAUGGCAUCCUCCUUUGAUGAGUCAAGUACAUCUGGCGUCUUCUUUUCUCUGCUUCGCAGUUUCAAUUGCUAUAAUGAACUGCAGUUCCCCACUGAUAUAAUUUUGCUUCGUUCCAAUGACAUUGAAGAGUUUCCAUCCAUUGCUCAAGUUAGCGUGCCUCAGCUAAAAGUUCUUCUAGAGCAAACAAAACAGCAAUGUUCCAUUUGCCCAUCUCUUGAAGAUUUUUCUUUUAUGAAUUGGACAAAUGAGGCCAAUGACCAGAGUUUGUCAGAGAUGUGGGAGAAAUUUAAAAAAGAUGAUCAUGUAUUUGAUAUAAAUGCUGAACCGGAGGCAGAGAAUGAGGCGGUGGACUUUGACUUUGAUGGGGAUGCCUGUGAUGCAAAUGGAGAUGAAGACGAUCUAGGUGCUUGCACUGAGCACCGGGAAGCCUUUGCUAUGGGCAAUGCCCCCAAAAAAAGAGAUGUUAUUCCACUGGAAGAUGGUGACAUAAGUGCUAUGUGCCUCCAGCUCUCCUCAAAACCUGGGGAGUACUCCUAUUUUAGCCCAAGGACAAUGUCAAUGUGGGCAGGCCCUGACCACUGGCGCUUCAAACCACGACAUAAAAAUGAAAAUGUUGCUGGCAAAAAGCAAAAAAAACUCAAGCAAGCUUUUGAAUUAAACUUUAAUGAGGACGUUAAUUUUGAGACAUACUUCAAACAGUCUAGGGCAGCAACAACUAUUGGCAAGAGUCUUCGAGAUAAAGUGUCAAAAAAGAGAACUUUACUCCCUGCAGAAUUUCACUAUGAGCCAUGUAAUCUCACACGGUUGAACCUAAAGCCUUCAGUUAUGAUUUCUAAAAAGGGAAAGAAGCGUAUUUCUGGAGAGCAUGUUGAAGGAAUUGGAGAAUAUGACUAUAAUAAUCCUAAUGAUACUGCAAACUUCUGUCCUGCUACACAGAUGGAUGAUGAUGAUGAUGAUGACCACCACGAUUUUGGUAAUGAACCUUGUGAAAUUGAGAAUACUUGCCCAUUAGCUUCUGAUCCAACAAAUAUCACAACAUAUGGGGAAGAUAACCUGGUGGCAGAGCCACAGAAGGUGAAAAAGAUUGAGCUAAAUUAUGCAAAGACGGCAAAGAAAAUGGACAUGAAGAGGUUAAAAGAAACAAUGUGGUGUCAUCUGGCAGACGAUAAAGAGCAGGCCUCAAUGGAAAAAGAAAAUGAAGGUAAUAUAAAGAUAUUGAGAGAAAAAUUCUUUGGCAGUGUGACAAAGGACUUGCAACAAAGGCUGCCUUCAACAAUGGCUCAAAACUUGUCUGUGCCACUAGCAUUUGCUGCUUUACUGCAUCUUGCUAAUGAAAAGGAUCUGGUGCUGCAAAGUGUAGAAGAUUUAUCAGAUAUUAUUAUAAAGCAAGACAACUGACUUCAUUAUAUUCAUUGAUUUUAAAAGAAAAGUAUUUAUGUUGAUUUGUUUUUGUAAUGUUUCCAGUUGUGCUCAUGAUUUAAUGUUCCAAUAUGGAAAUGCUAGCAAAAUGAAGCAAAAACAUUAUUUU